UGUGUUCUGCAAGUAAUGCAGGUUUGGAAUGAUAUGUUGCAAUUGAAAUUAUUCAACCCCACUGCAGUACUGUACAAAUACAAGCUUUUCUGAAGAUCCAGGACUUUAUAAGAAUUGCAUCUACAACAGUGUACUGGCAUAUUAAAAGUGAUAAUGUCAAUAUAUAAUGUCAUGGUUUUUGAGUUAUAAGAUUUUUUUAAUAAGACACCUAUGUCACAAUUAUUCAACCCCUAUUCAAACAUUACUGUUUUAAGUCACUUAUUUUUAUGAUGGGGAUCAAAAUUGUCUUAAAACACAAUUAAACCUUUAAAAACUCUUAUAAAAACAGAAUUUGCUUAAAAUGUUACACAUACAUACAUUUAGUCCAUGCAUGUGCUGAAGUAGAGUAGUAAAUAUGGUCAACGGAGCUCUCACAAAAGCUACUGAGAAGUUUUAUUACAUUAAAAAAGUCUAUAGGCUACAUGAAGACUUUAAAAGACAUUAAAAGUUCUUAGAGACACAGCUGGCAGCUUUUUUCCUUAGUUUAAAGUGUGUUGUACCUUAAAACCUUUGAGGGUGUUGAACAACAAAAAGCACAAUAUCACUAAAUGUCUGAUUAGAGCAACUGAGAAAAACCUGCAAUGUAGAGCCAAAGAAUUGCAAGGUAACCUGACAAAAGGAGGAACAACAUUUCAAAUGAUUAAGAUAAACACAAAAAGGCUGACUUGAACAUGCUAACAUUCAUUUGGAUAGACCUGUGAAGUUCUGAAGGAAUGUUUUAUGGAGUGUUGUGACCAAACUGGAAUUUUUGGACCCAUGGAUCAGCAAAGCUCAUAAGCAGAAGAACACCAUCUCCAUGGUCAAACAUGGAGGUGAAUCAGUCCUGUUAUGGGGUUGUUUUACUGUAGCAGGAAGUGGAAAACAUGACCGUACGAAGGACAUCAUGGGUUCUUUGAAAUAUCAGGCCAUUUUUGCAAGAAUUGUGAUGCCUUUGUUGCAAAGCCUGAAGCUAAUGAUCAAUGGACUUUCCUGUAGGACAAUCAUCCCAAAGUAUACAUCCAAAUCUACUUAUGCUUGGUUCAGGGAUCAGUCAAAGAAUGUUCUUGAGUGGCCUGUCUCCAGAUUGAAUUCUCAUUAAAAAUAUUUGGUUGAAUUUGAAGAAAGCAGUAGCAAUGUAAAAAAAACAAAGAUGAUCAGUGAUCUGAAAGCUUUUUCAGGCGAGGAAUGGGCCAAGAUUGCAGUAGAGAAGUGACAGAAGCAUCUAAGCAUUUCCAAGCAGCAUUUAUUGGUGGUUUUAAAAAAUAAAAGAUUUUGCACCAAAUUUUACUUUUGGGGGUUGAAUGAUUUUGAACAUGAACGUUUAGAGCCAAUUUGUUUCUUUUAAUCAUUCAUCUACUUGCGUUGAGUUGAAUAAUUUCGAUUGCAACUAUAAAUGGCAACUGAAAAAUUUGUGUGGACUGUCCCUUUAGAUGAAGUUCAAAAUACCUUUUUUAAAUAUAUUUUCCUUAAAACUCACUGUGUUAUUAAUACAUGCGAGUGAGAUCUUUCCCCUACACCCUUGCGUUGUGUCCUCUCAUAUGUGAGAGUAUGUAGGUGAGAAUAGUCUCUGACCUCUAUACUCUGUCACAUAUAAAAGUAAACUUCACUGAGGGUCAAAUCCUGUUCAUGUUCCAUUUCUACAUCAGCACAGUCGUACAUCAUGCUGCUCAGCAUCUGUCUCCUGCUGUCCUUCUUCUCUCUGUCCGGUGGGAUGGAGAGUGGUGUUAUUGGAGGAAAAGAGGCUAAUCCUCAUUCCAGGCCAUACAUGGCAUCUAUUCAGUACAAAAAAGCGCACAAAUGUGGAGGGAUGCUGAUCAGAGAGGAUUAUGUACUGACUGCGGCCCACUGUUUGAAUCCCAAUGACUACCCUGAUCAGGAUGCUGAGGUUGUUCUGGGAGCUCACUAUAUUAAUAAGGUGGAGAAGACCCAGCAGAGAAUCCCAGUGAUGAAAUUCAUCCGACAUCCUUUAUUUGAACAGAGCAACAAGCAGGACUACAGCUAUGAUAUCAUGUUACUAAAGCUGACAGAAAAAGCCAAGCAGAACGAAUAUGUGAAUGUUAUGCCUCUUCCUAAGAAAAAUGAAAAAAUACCAGCUGAUGUUACCUGCUCCAUUGCUGGUUGGGGAUUGAAAACCCCAAAAGGAAACCAGGCAUCAGAUGUGUUGCAGGAAGUCAGGCUUAAACUGCAGGAGAAUUCAGAAUGUGAAAAACUGUGGCAGCAGCAUUUCAACUCUGAGAGAAUGAUCUGCAGUGUUUCAGAUGGAAAACAUGCUUUUUGUCUGGGGGAUUCAGGAAGUCCUCUGAUCUGCAAUACUAAAUCACAAGGAAUUGCUUCAUAUACUGUUCGUGAUGACUGUACAAAUACAGUAUAUCCUCAAGUUUAUGUUAAUAUCUCAUCCUUUCUCCCCUGGAUUAAAGAGAACAUUGAUUAAAUUGAGAUGAAUAUAUAAAUGAAAUAAAUACAUUUGAUAAAUACAUAAAUUAAAUAAAUAAAUUGGUGUCUUACAUUUAAAGGUGAUUUUUGUUGUUGUUGUUGUUCACUUUUAGACUUAAAGGAGAGCUCCAC